AUGACAGCCACCAGAGAAGCGGUCACAAAAAAAGUUCUCAGUGCGAUGUGUUUGUGGUAUAAAUUCGCUCCUAUUUCUCUUUCAUCCCCUGCCUCGGUUUUGGCAUCGGAUUUUGAUAGGGUAGAUUUGGUGGUUCGGGCCCGGAGUUUAAGUAGUAAGAGGAUGGUUCCGCUGGACCAGAACACGGGACCGGUCCAAUUUGAUAGGAAGGUUAGGACUCCUACUGCGAGGACGUUGUACCCACUCACUCCGUUGUAUGCAGAGCUCAAAUCGAUGCUAGAAAUUGCGUUCGAGCCGCCCAUUGCGAAGAAUGAGGUAUGUUGCAAUAAUAAACUGGUGGUGGUGAUUUCCACCAGGGAAAGGGGCUGUGUGGAGAGGAGGUAGAGUUGGAUUUCGAAUAACAGCAGUAUGGGAAUGUUGGUCGCGCGAGAUUGGGUGGCGAGGAAGAGGGUUAG